AAAUUUUUAGAAGUUUUGUACAAAACUAAAGUUCCUGGACCUGGAUUGCAACUUCAUGUUACUCAUAAGAAUGGAAAACUUGAAUUUAUUAGUAACUGUCCUGAUCAUCAUAAGUUGCCAAGUAUUCCAGAAAAUAGAAAUUUGACAGAAUAUUACAAUGCUGUUGAGGUCCAAAAUAUGAUGAUAAUAUUUGCUAGUAUGCUUCAUGAAAGAAGAAUUUUAAUUACUUCAAAAAAACUCAGUCGGCUAAGUGCUUGUGUUCAAGCAGCUAAUGCUUUGAUUUAUCCAAUGCAUUGGCAGCAUAUUUUCAUUCCUGUGCUUCCAAAUCAUCUAUUAGAUUAUUUAAGUGCUCCAAUGCCAUUUCUUAUUGGUGUCCCAUCAUCUACAUUAAUGCGAGUUAAACGCAUUGAAUUGGGUGAAAUAGUGUUAUUUGAUGUUGAUACCAAUAAAAUAGAAACACCUUUUCAUGACUUGGAUUCUUUGCCAUCAGAAGUUGUAACACCUUUAAAAAGGACAUUGAAAAAUCCAAACACAAUUUUGGGAGAUGGUAUUCCAAGAGCAUUUCUUCGAGCUCUAGUACAAUUGAUAGGUGGCUAUUGGAGUGCAUUAAGACUACGUCAGGGUGAAAAAAUUAGUUUUAAUCCAACUGCAUUUGUUCAGUCACGGCCUGCACCAAUUCAGCCAUUUCUUCAAAAAAUGUUGGAAUUACAGAUAUUUCAACAAUUUAUAGAGAGCAGAUUGCAUAUGUUAAAUACUGGUAAAGGUUGCUUUACUGAUGAAUUUGAAUUUGAACUUACAGCAUAUGAAGGAAAAGCUAGUAGUAGAUUAAAAACACAAUAUAAAGAAUGGCUAACAAGUAUGAAAAAAGAAGGUGGUGCUUUUCUGAAAUCUAUGAAAGUUAAGGUGAGAGACACAAGUAAAAGAGCAUAUAAGGAUAUCAGGUCCAGGUUUCAAGAUAUUCAGCAUCAAAAGUUAACACACAAUGAUAUGCCAAAUUUGUAUCAUCACUCACAACCAAGAAGUGCCCCCUCAAGUCCUUCAUUUUCUCAUAAAUCAAGUCAGAAGGUAAGCUUUUUACAGUUAAUUUUAGUAUUGAAUGUUUUUAUUUAUGAAUGUCUCUGAAGCUACUGUUGCUAGUUUUACAACCAUUCUCCCUCUAUUCCACUUUUGAAAAAAUAUGCUUUCCUUUCUAUCUUGUAUUUUGCAUUCAUUUUACAUAUGCACUUUUCAAUAUUUUAUUUUUCCAUCUAGUUGUUAGAUUGUCAUUCUU